AUGGGCUCUACUUCUGCGUCCUCGAUAUACCAGCCGUUGAGUGAAGAUCGAACUAUUCGACUACUUCAUUUGCUCCCAGGCCAAAGAGACGAUCAUUUGGUGGGAUCGCUCGAGCAGACAUAUCUAAAUUCUAACACAAAGUACGAAGCAUUAUCAUACGAAUGGGGUCCACCUCAGAGAACGCACCAAAUCUCUCUCACCAACGGAGCCUCCAUUAGGAUCACUCAGUCUCUUUUCAACGCCCUUAAAGAUCUCAGACCCUUUGGAAGACGCCCAGCCCCCCGACUUAUUUGGGCGGACGGGGUAUGUAUCAACCAGGAUGACGUCGAGGAACGCCAGCGGCAGGUGUCUAUCAUGGGUAGCAUAUACCGUACUGCGGCCCGGGUCGUCGUUUACAUAGGCCCAGAGUCCGAGGAUAGCUCAAUGGCAAUUGAUUUUGCUCUAGAGCUCCUAAGAUUUGCGAAAGAGUCUCCCUAUAAAUCGGAUGCAAGACUCCAUCUGCCCGAUCAGGUACAAAAUCUUGGUCUACCUUCCACACUUCAUCCUUGCUGGCAGGCACUCAAAUUUCUUCUUCUCAGAGGAUGGGCUUCAAGAUGUUGGUGCGCUCAUGAAUUUUUGAUGAACCCAAAUACGGUAAUCAUGUGUGGACGAAAAACCGUGCAAUACGCGAAGUUUCUACCUGACAUUGUUCACUCAGCCACAUAUCGAGAGUUACCAAUAUUCACUGUACCAAGCAAUGAGGAGGAUGCAAACAGUCUAAGAGAAUGUCAUAACAAGAUGGGCCGUCUUCGACAGCGGGUUGCGAUACAGAAUGGAAAAUUAACCCUUGAUGUUUUACUCCGUGAAGGUCACCCAUUCCUGGCUUCAGACCCGAGGGAUAAAGUAUACUCCAUGCUUAGCUUUGCACAAGACCGGGCGUGUUACGACAUACAUGUGGACUACACCUGCACGGUAGCUUCUUUAUUCAUUACAGUUGCUGGUCAAAUUAUUCAGGUGUCCAAUUCGCUUGAGUUAUUGUCUAGUAACCUACCGAAUAAAGCCAUAGAAUUGCCUUCCUGGGUACCGGAUUGGUCAACUUGGAAGUACGGUAGCCAUGGAAACGCAUUUGAGGGUGACUAUAUGGCCUGUGGCGAUACAACCACAAAUGCCAUCGUGGACGAUUCGAGUAAUAGCCUAAUCGCAGCGGGAUGCAUCGCAGAUGAAAUAACUUGGGUCGACGACGUUAGCAUAGGAUCAGCUUUUAACCUCCUUCGCACAAACGGCCGCCGCGACUGGCUCUUGAAGAUGGAAAAAGAGGUAACAAGACUACAGCAAUACCAUCCUUCCAUGGACGAUGAUGUACUUUGGAGAACUCUGGUAGGCAACUUCACGGACACAGAGACGCCAGCUCCAAGUUCAUAUAAGUCGAAUUAUCUUUCUCAACUUAAUUUCACGGAAGGGAGUCCAAUAUGGAUGCAACAGCUAGGUCAGAAAUUCUGCGAUGCUGCAAGAAGGAAGUCUCGUUAUCGCCGGCUCUGCAAAACUGCAAAGGGUUAUUUGGGGGCAGUUGUGGAAACAGCACGACCUGGCGACUAUAUAUGUAUGCUAGAGGGAAGCCGGUCUCUUCAUGUCAUUCGUCCUGCAGGGCUCGAUUACGCUUUUAUCGGGCCUGCCUAUGUACACGGGCUUAUGUAUGGAGAGUUGUUGAAACUGCCCUCAUAUAGUCGAAGUACGAUUACGCUUGUAUGA